AUGUAUUACCAAUAUUUUCAACUCAUAGCCCCCCGUAUCGAGAGAUACACAAAAGUGGGAGGCACGCCUGGAGCCUUGCUUUUCAGCGAGGUGGGAAACGAUAUCGUUCGCCUUGUCGCCAUCCCUAUUAAACCGCAAAGUUUCUCAUCGAGUUCCGAUGUUGUCGCAUCUACGGCCCCAUCACCACAGGCUCAGAACAAAUGCCUGUCUAUCGAAGCCACCGCAGGUGACUCGCCCCAGGAGAUGCAAGGGAUCGAGCAUCGAAAGCGCAAAGCUGACGGUGAAGUGCAUGUCGACACCCCUCCUCGCCAGAAGCUGGUAAAAACGGAGAGCGACAACGCAAAUGACGACCCCAUAUGGGCUGGGGUGCAGAUCGUCUUUGUAGGAGAAGACGUUAGACCAAAGGACUAUCCUCCAGCGCUGUUCUCGGCAGAGGAGGUGGAUCAACUGCCAGAGGAAAUCGAGAUACCAUUAAACUACGAUUAUCCCACUCGCAUGUUGCCUCGUCCUGUUGAGAUGACGCUGUUUCAGUUUACCAUUCCUUUGUUCGCUGAUAAGCAAAAGUGUGUUAAGUUGUCGGAAGAGGCGAUGGGCGUGUAUGUGUGUUGCAGAGAUCGGAACCGAGCCAGGUAUGAUCCUGCAUUGAAUGCAACAUUCCGGGAGCUCAUUGCCGAGGAUGCAACUUACUUCCCCAGAGACCAACCGUGGAUUCUUCGGAACUUGACGGCAAAGGAAUUUGUCCGCUCGGAAGCCAUUGCCCUGAGGCCGGAAUUUAUCCACGGACCCUUUAUUGAUGGCUUUGGCUUUGGCGAAGUUAUCAUAUCGCGCAUCUGCUGGUCAACGGUUCCCUGCCCUAGCAUGGACUGCGCCGUGCCUAUCCACAGGGGAGUGUGGGCAGGGCACGGGUUUGAUAUUACAACUUUGGCAAAACACAGGGCUGGAACCACGGAGGCAGAGUGGAGAGAUGUGAGCGAGGAAGUGGCAAGUGAGAUUGCAAUAAUAUGUGAGGCGAAAUACGGUCCCGAUUGGCGAGAGAUUAUCUGCAAACAACACGGGUCUUGA